UCACUCGGGCAGGUGCUGGCCUCCGACGGCACGUCCCUUCUUUACAGGGUUUAUAGGGGGUGUGACUGCGGCGUCCAGAGCUCCUCGGCCGUUUUCCUCCAUGUUCGACUCGUUAAUUAUUCAAGCAAACAGAAAGUGCAUGCAGCCGUGCGUCCACACAAUGCGCGGUUUCAAAGUGCGGUGGAGGAGGUCCUCCCUGCCCGGAUCUAAUCACCUGUUAGCGCAGGACUUUCCCCACACCAGCCGCCAUCGUUUCCCGGUGGGAAAAACUAAGCAUUGACUUAAAAACUCCCACCAUUAGUAAAACUCGCGGAAAGUGUUACCGACUGCAUGAUGGAGAGACUAGAUUCACAGAAAUCCCCGAAACGGUCCCCCCUGGAUCUGAUCAUGAACCAGAUCCGCAGGAAGAAGUCCUUCAGCGAGCGUUUACAGAAGCCGUCUGUCUCCCGGUUCUUCCGCCCCUUUGAAAGCGAGGAUAGGAAGGAGUCCGGCGUCUCUGAGGAGGGAGAGGACAAGGAGGAUGUGCCCCCCGGGACAGGGGAGAGCGAGUCCUUAGAGACAGAGACGGGCUCCGUGGUGGGCUGGGGGCGCGUCAGACAGUUCGUGCAGAAGAUGGGGAGGCAGCCGGACAGCCAGAACCUGAGCCUGAGCCACUGUGACCUGACAGCCACCGACGUGGUGGAGCUGGCCACCCUGCUGCCCUUCCUGAGUAGCCUGGAUGAGAUGGACCUCUCUUGGAAUGACCUGAUUGGAGGGUCGCUGAAGGCGCUGACCUUUCACCUCCAGCACGUGUGCAGGCUGAGGGCGCUGAGACUGAGUGGCUGCAGGCUGAGCCCUCAGGACCUUGCUGCCCUGGGGGAGACCCUGGAAGAGCUCCCCCUGCUGGAGGUACUGGAUCUGUCCUGGAACGCUGGGCUGGGGGGCCACCUGCAGCUCCUGGCCACUCAACUCCGCUCUGGCUGCCGGUUGAAGGAGCUCCACCUAGUGGACUGUGGGCUCACUGCGGCAGAUGUGGGCGCCGUGGGUGCUAUGCUAUCCAGGCUUACGGGCUUGGAGCUGCUGGACCUGUCCACAAACCAGCUUUUGGGAGGGGCCUUUGGGGACUUGGUCCCCCAGCUGCAGGACGCCCCGGGCUUGCGGGUUCUGCGGCUUCGGGGGUGUGGACUGGGGGCCAAGGACCUGGAGAUGCUGGGUGGUGUGCUCCAGUUCCUCCCCACCCUGCAGGAGUUGGAUCUGUCUUGUAACAGGGGGGUGUCUGGGGGGCUGGCCCAUUUGGGGGCCCAGCUGGGGGGCCUCGCACAGCUGUGCUGCCUGGAUGUGCACGAUUGCUGUCUGACAGAGGAGGAUGUGCAGGUUUUGGUUCAGGCACUCCCUUCCCUCUCUGACAUCACCAUGCUGGAUUUAUCCUCCAAUAAGAUGCUUGGGGGCGUGUCCCAGCAGCUCUUUGCCGGCUUCCCAUUGGGAAACGUGAAGAGGCUUAACCUAAGUAGCUGCUGUCUCACAGAGGAGACCUACCUGGCUCUCGCCAUGGCAGUGCACUGUCUUCCCCUGCUGGAGGCCCUGAACCUGUCAUGGAACAAGUGUGUGGGGGGGAAGCUGAACUCACUGCUGGAGGCCCUGCCCACUAGCGCCGCCCUGCUGGAGAUGAGGCUAAGCAGCUGCGGCCUGACGGCGGAGGACGUGCUGCAACUGGCAUCUUUGGCAAAUCGCCAGGCCCUGAGUCACCUGAGGCAGCUGGACUUGUCCUACAAUGGCGGUGUGGGCGGGGCAGGAUGGCUGCCUCUCUUCCAAUCACUGGGGAGCCUGGUGGCGCUAACAGAGCUGGACGUCAGCCUGCGGCCCUCGGAUGCCGCCCCCGCCUCUGCCUGGCUGUCUGCCCUGCUGAAUGCCACGCCACGGCCUCCCGCUCUGCAGGUGGCGGCCUUUCACCACUGGAGCCUCACCCCCCAUGACAAGAACAUGAUAGACAUUUUUUGCAAGGAUGCCGGAAAGAGCAUCUUCCUUGACUAUGACCCCUAGAGGUGGGAAUAUUGGCAGCGGUGGUGGGAUUAGUGAUGUGCUGUCAUCGUUAGCUUGGUAGCUAAGUGGCGAUUCGUCAUGAUGCAGUCAAGAGGCAGAAUCAGCAUAAAUGAGAUAGGAGACUAACCAGCCUGUAAUUACAGCCUGUGUUUGGUCAUUCCUCAUUCUCUGACCCAAAUAAAUACCAAACACAUUUCAUCUUAUAAACCACAGAGAUUUUGGGAUCUGUACCAAAAAUGGCAAAGGUGGAUAAUUCUCAUCUCCUAAAGCUACAAAACCUUAACUGAGGUGUGUUGCCUUUGGUGAGUGAGCUGCUUUUAUUGGCUAUUGACUGUGUGUAAUGCUGGCUGCUCUCUUUGCUCCUAUUUACUAAUAUGUCAGUUCUGUAGAGUGCCAGCCCAGGCCUAGUAAUAUGAUUGGUCAGACACCUCUUACAAAGAAUUCCUUGAAAAACACAACUUGUUUAGAUUUCAGUUAUUGUGUACCCUGUGAUGGGUUUGUGCCCCAUCAUGGAUUGUUCACCGCCUUGCGCCCUUAGCUUCCAGGAUAGGCUCCAGACCCCCCACGACCCUGAAUAGGGUAAGUGGUUAUAGAAAAUGGAUGGAAUUGUUUAUUGGGAUUCAGUUAAUCUGUGAGUAAAUUAAGUAUCGCACAACUUAUUGUUGAAUCACAGAAUGCUUUCAUGGUUUGUAUUUGUACAAGAUGUAGUGCUGUUUAAUAUUCAUGUUGCAUGAUGAUUUGUGACAUAUUGCUCAAUAGGAUUUAUAUAUUUGUUUUUACCUAGUGCGGGAUUUGGUAGUUUACCCUCUCUCUUAUUAACUAUAAUACUAUUUUCUGGUGUUUAUCACUCGGUAAGCUCUCAGGAAAUCUAUUUUCUAAACAAAUAUGGAAAUAGUUUUUAUUAUAGGCAUUUAAUAUAAUGUGGAUGAAGCACUGAUUAUGAACAUCUUCUAGAUAGGAAUAUAAACAUCAUUUAGGACAAUGUAUAUUUUGUUUGAGUAGAAUUGAGUGGUUUGGGGAGUCAUUAACGGGGGCCUUGGCAUGCAUCUUAAUGAGAGCGCCUCAUGCUCGGGUCAUCUAUCAGACAUGUAGCUCUGUGUCAUCUUGCAAUCCACUUUUGAUACGUGAAGAUC